GGCUAAUCGGCCUUCAUCGUUCGUCUGGCGCGUCCACAGUGACAAGCCGCCAUCGAUGACCUUUUGAGCGGCACCGCGGCCCAGCGUCGACAUGAUGUGGAGCAGUGGCAGGCUUCAGGACGCGUUUUUGACCACAGCCGGCAAGAUUAAUGUGAUUGCGCUGACGCAGACGAGCUAUCGAGAAGCGCUCGUUGAGCGCGCGCACGUCAUCUCGAGCGCUUCGGACGAGUCGUCCGGACAUGGAGGAACGGGAUGCGCGCGCUGGUGGAAUUGGCGGAACGUACGGACGGACUGCUUGCGACGGAUCAGACGAGCGACGCAUUCGUGCACCGUCGCCGCUCAUCGCAUCGAAAUGAUUGCUCGAAAAGGGAUGCCGUCGAAUGAGAGCGCCCCCUACAUUAGCUCAUUCAGGCCGGCAAGACCAAGCAUUCUUUCAAUGUACCUGGCACAUCAGCCUCGCUGUCCGACGUGACGUCUAGGCAGAAUCGCAAUGGAUGGCAUUGGAAAGGCAGCGCGAGCUUUGGCAUGGACCAAAUCAUACACACUUUAUGCGUGUAUAUGGUGCGCCAAGUCUCUUGCACAAUUGAUUGGACGUCUGCGUACGCCGCCUGACGGUCCGCGGGCAGUCUGCCUCCGAUGCCGAGGAACAAAGAGACAGCACAGUACAAAAAGGGGGGCACAAAGUUACUGUCUCGGAGGCGAGAUCUGCUCUCCUGACCACCAGCAAACUCCUCGUCUCUUCCUAGCCUUCUCCCCCCUUUGGCAUCUUUCCAAACGAU